GACCAUAAUUACCUACUGCAAAUCCUUGUUGAGGUGUGACAUUCUUCAACACACUGACUAUUCAGACUAUUUCUUUAAAAGCAGAGCAAUUCAAGUGUGCUAGGAAUCUGUCUUAACUGUGCCAGUUUAAGCUGAAACAGACUCUCUAAAGUCUUUUGGCCUGGGGAAAUACUGAUUUCAAAAAAAGGAUAAAGGAUGCAAAAACCUCCAACAUCGUUCGGCUAAUGCAGGAGUAAGUACAAAUACAAAUGGCAGAUGUGAAAAUAUUUACUUUAUUCAGGCUUGUGUUUGGCUUCCAAGUGUCACUCUUCAUCUUACCCUUUCAAGCUGAACAAUCCUGUCUGAUAUCUGCUGACCAACGCACCGCAGACUGCCGGGGUCAGCGACUGGAGCAAGUGCCUGUGGCAGAACUGCCUUCUUCCAUAGAAAUGCUCGAUCUUUCCUAUAACAUUCUACAGGUUAUCAAAAAUGAAGAUUUCGUUGAACUGCCUCUUCUCAGCAUCCUCUGGCUUCAGUUCAACAAUAUAUCUUUUAUUGAGGAUGAGGCAUUUAACCAAAAUCUAAUACUGGAGGAAGUAAAUAUGUUCAAUAACUCACUGACUUAUAUUCCAUCAAAAGCUCUUGCACCACUCAGCAAGCUUGGAACUUUAGAGAUGGCAAAUAAUCUGUACACUGAGACAACUCUGGAUGAUGCGUUUUUGAAUUUCAAGCAUUUAAAACAAUUGUCCUUGGGUGGUCCUUACCUCGACACUUUGAAAAAGGGUGAUCUUGAUGUUUUAACCAACAUAUCUCUUGAAAGGAUUUCUAUUACUACCAGUUCUAGCCUGAAUGUUUAUGAUCCAGGGUUUCUCAAGAACGUACAAACUGCAAAUUUGUGGCUGGAUAUAGCAAUAGAUAACAGAACAAACAUACUUCCUUUGAUCCUGAACGACCUUGAAAACAAAACAUUUGAAACCAUUCGUUUCCGGAAUCUCUUUGAGUUUAUGUAUUAUACUGACACAGAGGAUAUUUUCCAUGGCUUACAGUCUAUAAACUCUCAGCAGCUGAUCUUUUACCAUGGGAAAUUCAACGAGGAACUGCUAAGAAUGGUCCUUUAUCAUUUAGAAAAUAGUGAAAUUAAAGCCUUAGGACUGUUCUUCAUCGAUUUUGCCCGGUCUCAAACAUUUACGAAUAGUGAGGAGAGAGUCAAUGCGAUAAACCUCACAUUGGACAUGUUGGUUUUGUCGGAUAUCAGCAACCCAGACAUCCUAAGCUUUGACUGGAGUUUUACAUGGUUAAACAAGAUCCGUCACCUGCGCAUAAACAAUGUGGAUUUUAACAUUGUGCCCUGUGAUGCAUGGGCAGAGAUGAGAGAAGUUGAAAUACUUGAUGUAUCCAAAAACCGUCUUAAGGACAAUUUUCUCUUUAACCAGCAAUGUGACUACACAGAUAAAAUGUCAGUACUUCACACCUUUAAUGUCAGCAAUAACAAACUGACCAGCCUCAGCUCCUUUGCAUCUCUUGCUGGCGAGUUCAGACAUCUAGAGGUAAUUGAUAUCAGUUACAAUCUGUUGGGUUUUAAAGGGAACAGCCCCUGCUCUUGGAAACAUAACAUUACCACAGUCAUCGCUAACCAUAACAGUAUGGUUAUCGACAGUUUCAAAUGUCUCCCAACUACUGUAACUUACCUUGAUCUUUCCUACUGUAAUAUAGACCAGUUAGAUGUGAACUACUUCAGGAAGGCCAGCAGUCUGAGGGAGGUGUACCUCAGUGGUAACAAAAUUAAAUUCAUUCCCUCUGAUUGGAAGAGCCCCAGUUUAAAGUCUCUGACUUUGGAUGGAAACUCUUUUGGGAUAAUUAGCAUGAGGUCUUUCAAGGGAAUGCCUAAUCUGGAGGAACUCAGGGCAGGUAACAACCCUUAUCACUGUAACUGUGAGCUCCAUGCUUUCAUACAGGAUACUGCAAUCAAGGGCAAUGUUAACAUCACAGACUGGCCGGAAAACUACAAAUGUUACCACCCAACAGACCUACUGAAUACACUGGUAUCUCAUUACCUCCCUGCUGAAAUAGUGUGUGAUAUGCGGCUGGUCAUUGUUAUCUCUGUGGUUACCACUGCAGGAGUUGUGCUAGCACUGAUGCUGAUAUGUUAUUGCUUUCAUAUACCAUGGUAUGCUAAAGCUACAUACCAAAUCCUUCGGGCCAAGUAUAGGUCUCACAAAGAGGGACGAACACUUUCUGUGGACUAUACGUUUCAUGCCUUCAUUUCUUACUGCAACUCAGAUGCAGACUGGGUAAGGGAUGAGCUUUUACCAUGUCUAGAGAACUCAAAGCCCCCUUACCGUCUUUGCAUUCAUGAAAGAGAUUUUAUGCCUGGAAAAUGGAUCAUUGAUAACAUAAUCGAGAACAUUGAAAACAGUCGGAAGGUUAUCUUUGUCCUGUCACGGCACUUUGUGAACAGCGAGUGGUGCAACUAUGAGUUCUACUUUGCCCAACAGCGAGCCAUGGGCAAGACCUUUAGUGAUGUCAUCCUAGUGGUGAAGGAACCUAUUGAUCCGAAAUCCUUGCCGAGCAAGUACUGCAAACUCAAAAAGAUGCUGAGCAACAAAACCUAUUUAGAGUGGCCUGAACAUGCCAAACAUCAAGCCUUCUUCUGGGCACAGCUGAGAAGCGUCAUGGGAAAGCCAACUGUUACACAGCAUUUCUCAGCUUCGAUGCGCAGAUGUUCCAAAAGAAUGAACACAGUGUCUGUCAUUGAGCUAACCCAGGAAAAUCAAACUUGUUCAGAUUCUGGGCUAAAGAUCGAUGAGGCAUCAGAGAUUAAACUUCAGAUUGUAGAGAAAGCUUGAGGUCUUUCAAAGAAAAACCCAGAAGAUCGCACCAGCUAUCACUGAUGUAGAUAGCUUAAGCUUAAUGGACAUAAAAGAAGUUUGUUGUGUUGAGUACAUAGCACAAUAAAGUGCAUCUUGAGAACCAUUAUUGUUAGUGCCUUACCACUGGAUGAUGUGGCACUGCUCAAUACAGCACAUUAACCAUGAUCCCACAUGUUGUCAUUUUUCCACUGCCAAGCAAGCUAUGUCGCAUCUAAUUACCCUUGCUUUACCUUUUUUCUUGCCCACAUGCAAGCCAGGUUGGUAGAUAAAUAAACAGAUAACAUUUUGAAGGAAAAAACAACACAAAGUGCCUUAGUAAGAUUUCAUGCAACAUCUAGUCAUCAGAACAGCCUCAAUGCUUCUUGGCAUAGAUUCUACAUGUCUUUGGAACAGUACUGGAAAGCCAAAGUCGUUUUUGUGCAGCAGAUAUUUUGUAACAUUAGAGUGUGACACUUUGUUUAGUUUCAGUUGUUAACUGUUGACCAUUGAUUUUUGAAACUUAAAGUUCACUGCCUCAAACUGAUUAACA